AUGGAUUUAUGGUGCAAGGCGUUCUUAUUGAUCCUGCUUGGAACCACGAGCAGCUAUGCGCUGCUGGAUGUUUCCGGAAUCGAUCCGAAAUUCAGCGCCCCGAUAGCGAACGUAACCGUGCCCGUGGGCCGCGAAGGAGUGAUGACGUGCACGGUGCACGAUUUGUACAAAUACAAGGUCGCCUGGCUUCGGGUCGAUACGCAGACGAUUCUGACGAUCGAAACGCUCGUGAUAACGAAGAGCGAACGGAUUGCGAUUACGCACACCGAGCAGCGUAUCUGGCAGCUGAGGAUCAAGGACAUCCGGGAGUCGGACAAGGGUUGGUACAUGUGCCAGAUCAACACGGACCCGAUGAAGAGCCAGAUGGGUUACUUGGACGUUGUUGUCCCACCCGACAUCCUCGACUACCCAACCAGCCAAGACAUGGUGGUCCAGGAGGGUAACAACGUGACGCUAACCUGCGCCGCAACGGGCGUUCCCGAGCCGACGGUCACCUGGAAGCGGGAAGGCGACAAAUCGCUCACAUCCGUCGAGGACUCCGGAAUAACGAGCCACGAUGGGGCGAUGCUGCACAUCCACAACGUUCAGCGGCACAACGCCGGUUCGUAUCACUGCAUCGCAUCGAACGGCGUACCACCGACGGUCAGCAAGCGAAUCAUCGUAACAGUCAACUUCCAACCGAUUGUUCACCUACCGACACGCCAGUAUUACGCGGACUUGGGUGGUCGAGUUGCGCUCGAGUGCUUCAGCGAGUCCCAGCCGGUUUCGAUCAACUACUGGAUGAAGCAGCGGGAUGAGGUGAUCCUGCCGGGUGGCACGUACGAUGCCACGUUCGAGGAUCACGUGCACAAGCUGGCGAUGAAGCUGGUCGUACGCGUGGAGAAACCGGCCGACUUCGGUGUGUACAAGUGUGUGGCCAAAAAUUCCCUCGGCACCACCGAGGGCUCGAUGAAAAUCUACCGGAAAACCUCUAAAAUGAAACAGGUGGAAACGCAGUUCACUCAGCAAACGAACUUUCUCGGGGCGACGACGCUGUACAAGAACUACACCGAUAACAAGAUGAAUGACGUCAUGUUGACUUCGGCUUCGGCUGCGUCAUCGAGCGGGACACCGAGGGUUGGUUCUUCCGGUUGGUUCACGCUGGCCGUGGCGAUGCUCGCAAGCGUGGCGUUAUGA